UAAUGCUUAAACACCGUCUUAUACUAUUUUAUGCAACCUUUAGACGGUGUUGUCUUGAACACCGUCUUAUAAAUAUCAUACACUUUGAUUAAAAUAUUCAAGAAAACAUAAAAAAGGAACUUAAGAAAAUGUAUCGUAGAAACCCUAAAUCCCCCAAAACCCAUAUGCCACCUGAGUGUAAACCACCACCACACCACCGGAGACGCUCCGACCACCACUUUCAACCCCUUCACGCCACCCGAGAAGACCACCAUCUGCAACCUCUUCACGCCAACGGAGACAACCACCAUCUGCAAACCCUACACGCGACCCAAGACGACCACCACCAACGGAGACAACCACCAUCUGCAAACCCUACACGCAACCGGAGACGACCACCACCAGCAACCCCUUCACGCACUCGUUCAUUCUUCACUGCCUCUGUACCCACCACCGCAGCUCAUCGAGCCACAGUGCCUUUGCACUGCCCUCGAUGGUAGCAUGUUGGCUUCGUUGUG